AUGACGAAGCUUAUUGCAAAAGUUCUAGCAAAUAGGCUUAAGCAUGUUUUACCAAACAUUAUUUCUAGUCUGCAGAGUGCUUUUGUGCCUGGUAGAUCUAUUAUUGACAAUGUGAUGGUGGCCUAUGAGAUCCUUCAUACCAUGAAAGCAAGACAAAAAGGAAAAGAAGGAAGCAUGGCCUUAAAGCUAGACAUGUCUAAGGCUUACGAUAGAAUUGAGUGGACUUUUCUGAGGUCCAUAAUGAAGAAGCUGGGUUUCUGUGACAGAUGGAUCCAGUUGAUUAUGAUUUGUGUAGAAUCGGUUAGAUAUUCAGUUGUGGUAAAUGGAAAGGUUGGUGAUACUUUCAUGCCCACUAGAGGUUUAAGGCAAGGUGACCCAUUGUCUCCUUAUCUUUUUAUCUUAUGUGCUGAGGGACUGAGAUCUAUGUUGAGUAAAGCUGCUACAAAUGGGAGACUUAAAGGGGUAGCUGCUGCUAGUGGAGGGACUCGAAUUAAUCAUCUCCUCUUUGCUGAUGAUUGUGUGAUCUUCAGCAAGGCAAGUAAAGAGGAGUGGUUGGCUAUACAUGAUCUUUUGCUUUUGUAUGAAGUUUCUUUAGGCCAAAAGCUAAAUAGAGAGAAGACAGCAAUCCUUUUUAGUUCCAAUACAAGUGAGCUGGUUCAAGAGGAAAUUAUUUCUGAGGCUGGUGAAAUUGUUUGUGGAGAUUAUGGAAAAUAUCUUGGUCUUCCAACCAUGAUUGGAAGAUCAAAGUAUGAAACUUUUAGGAGUAUAAAAGAAAGGGUGUGGAGGAAGAUUAGAAGCUGGAAAAAUUCCUUUUUAUCGAGUGCAAGUCGAGAGGUGUUAAUUAAGGCUGUAUUACAGUCUAUUCCUACUUAUUCGAUGAAUGUGUUCAGAUUUACAAGGAAGCUGUGCAAAGUCAUCAACUCCAUGAUUGCAAAUUUUUGGUGGAGUGGUAAUAAAGACAGUAGGGGUAUUCAUUGGAAGGGUUGGGAUAAAAUGGGUGAAAAUAAAAAGAAUGGUGGGAUGGGGUUUAGGGAUAUUGAUGUUUUUAAUAGGGCUAUGUUAGCCAAACAAGGUUGGAUGUUGCAAACCAAUGUUGAGUCUUUGGCAGCUAGAAUUUUUAAGGAGAAGUAUUUCAGUAAAAGCCAAUUUAUAGAUGCAAAGAUUGGAUAUAAACCCUCUUUCAUAUGGAGAAGCUUAUUACAUGCACAAGACCUGGUCAAAGCAGGAAUGGUGUGGAGAGUGGGUAAUGGAAAAAGUAUAUCUAUAUGGAACAAUAAAUGGCUUCCUAAUGGUUCAGAUUUCAAAGUUAGAUCACCUAUUAAUACAUUACCUGCAGACUCGAAGGUAAGCUCCCUUAUCUUUGAGGAUCUUCAUUGCUGGAAUGAGAGGUUGGUAGGUGAUAUGUUUAGUAAGGAAGAGGCUGCUCAGAUAUGCAGUAUACCUUUAAGUUGGCAUGGUGAGGAAGAUAGAAUUUUAUGGGGCUUUACUAAGGAUGGCAGGUUUUCUGUGAGAAGUGCCUAUCAUUUAGGCAAUGACAUGGGAAGAUCGAGGCUUGGGAAUGCACUGAAAGGCAUAUUACCAACAAGGCAGAACCUAGUGCAGAGAAAAAUAAUAGAAGAUGCUACUUGUAAUAUCUGUCAUGGAGAUGUAGAAACAGUAUGUCAUGUGCUAUGGUCCUGUCCAGCUGCAAGUGAUGUAUGGGCUGAAAGUGGAAGUGGACUUCAGAAAUGGAUAUGUGAAGAAAAAGAUUUUUUCCAGGUGUGGUCUGAUAUGCAGACCAGAUUGCAGCAGAGCAAAUUAGAAGAGGUAGCCAUGAUUUUGAGAGGGCUGUGGACAAGGAGGAAUAUGAUGAUUUUUGAAGGGAAAUUCAAAAAACCAAGUAAAGUUCUCAAUGAAGCACUGACCAGUCUUAGAAACUAUAAGAGUGCUCAUGCUGAACUAAACCAGAUGAAGGGGCCUAUGCAUCAGACAAGGAAAGAUACAAAAUGGAUGCCACCAGAUGAAGGAAUUUCAAAGAUAAACUUUGAUGCGGCUAUUGACAAGACUAAUUAUAGAUUGGGAUUGGGCAUAGCAGGAACGAAUCAUGUGGGAGAGGUUCUGUUUUCUUUUAGUUGUUCAAAAUUGUUUAGUGGUAGCUCUGAUAUGGGUGAAGCAGCGGCUCUCUGGAGAGCUAUGGAACUUGUUAUGGAGCUGGAUGUCAGGAAUGUAGUGUUUGAAGGAGACGCUAACAGGGUGAUAAAAGGGGUAACAGAUGUACGGGGAAAUUAUGCACGGAUGGAGCAGAUGUAUGCUAAUAUUCGAAGCAGAGAAGGGAAUUGUGUGGCUCAUGAAUUGGCUAAGAGAGCUUUAAGAAUGGAAGGGGAAUGGUGCUGGAUUGAGGAAGGACCUUCAGAGACCAUUAGUUUAAUUGCUAGUGAAAUGGCUUGUAUUAGUGAAGAGAAUUCAUUUUCUAUUAUUUCAUAUUUGAUUGAUGCUAUUAGUAGUGCUUAUGAGUCGCAGAUAUUGUUCUCGGGUUUGAUUGAUGCUAUUAGUAGUGUUUAUGAGUCUCAAAUGUUGCUCUCGGGUUUGAUUGAUGCUAUUAGCAGUGUUUAUUAG